AUGGCAACGGGAGGCAGGGCCUGGGGGGGGGACCGGGCCCGGGCAGGGGCCGGGGGGGCCGGCGGUGGCUGUGGCGGGGCGAUGGCGGAGCGCGGCCCAGCCUUCUGCGGUCUCUACGACACGUCCUCGCUGCUGCAGUACUGCAACGAUGACAACCUGUCGGGCACGAGCGGCAUGGAGGUGGACGACCGCGUGUCGGCGCUGGAGCAGCGGCUGCAGCUGCAGGAGGACGAGCUGGCCGUCCUGAAGGCGGCGCUGGCCGACGCGCUGCGGCGCCUGCGGGCGUGCGAGGAGCAGGGCGCCGCGCUGCGCGCGCGGAGCACCCCCAGGGGCCGGGCGCCGCCGCGCCUGGGCACCACGGCCGCAGUGUGCCAGCUCCUGAAAGGCCUCCCCACCAGGGCGCCUCUCGACGGCUCGGGGCCCCCGCGGCGCGUGGGCGGCUGUGCCACGUCCCCGUCCUCCCCCAAGAAGGAGGCGACCCCCGGGCGCAGUGGCCGCCGCUACCUGUCGCCCGAGCGCCUGGCCUCGGUGCGCCGCGAGGACGCCCGCAGCCGCACCACGUCCUCCAGCAGCAACUGUAGCGCCAAGAGGGAAAGCAAAACCAAAGAAGUUAUCUUCAGCCUGGAGGAAGGCUCCGUGAAAAUGUUCCUGAGGGGCCGCCCGGUGCCCAUGCUGAUCCCUGACGAGCUGGCGCCCACCUACAGCCUGGACACGCGCUCCGAGCCGCCCUCCCGCAGGUUCAAGCUGGACUGGGUCUACGGCUACCGCGGCCGAGACUGCCGGGCCAACCUCUACCUGCUGCCCACGGGGGAGAUCGUGUACUUCGUGGCCUCCGUGGCCGUGCUGUACAGCGUGGAGGAGCAGAGGCAGCGGCACUACCUGGGCCACAACGAUGACAUCAAGUGCCUGGCUGUCCACCCGGACAUGGUCACGAUCGCCACGGGCCAGGUGGCGGGCACCACGCAGGAGGGGAAGCCACUGCCGCCCCACGUGCGCGUCUGGGAUUCCGUGUCCCUGUCCACCUUACACGUGCUGGGCCUGGGGGUGUUUGACAGAGCGGUGUCCUGUGUGGGCUUCUCCAAAUCGAACGGGGGCAGCCUGCUGUGCGCGGUGGACGACUCCAACGAUCAUGUGCUGUCCGUGUGGGACUGGGCCAAGGAGGCCAAGGUGGUGGACAGCAAGUGCUCCAACGAGGCCGUGCUGGUGGCCACCUUCCACCCCACCGACCCCUCCGUGCUCAUCACCUGCGGAAAGUCCCACAUCUACUUCUGGAACCUGGAGGGGGGCGGCCUGAGCAAGAGGCAGGGCCUCUUUGAGAAACACGAGAAACCCAAGUACGUGCUCUGUGUGAGCUUUCUGGAGGGCGGCGACGUGGUCACUGGAGACUCCGGGGGGAACCUGUACGUCUGGGGCAAAGGUGGGAACCGCAUCACGCAGGCGGUGCUGGGCGCCCACGACGGCGGCGUGUUUGGGCUCUGCGCCCUGCGGGACGGGACGCUGGUGUCCGGAGGGGGCCGCGACCGGCGGGUGGUGCUCUGGGGCUCCGACUACAGCAAGCUGCAGGAGGUGGAGGUCCCCGAGGACUUUGGCCCCGUGCGCACCGUGGCGGAGGGCCGCGGAGACGCACUGUACGUGGGGACGACUCGCAACUCCAUCCUGCAGGGUUCCAUGCAUACGGGGUUCUCGCUGCUGGUGCAGGGCCACGUGGAAGAGCUGUGGGGCCUGGCCACCCACCCGAGCCGGGCGCAGUUUGUGACGUGCGGGCAGGAUAAGCUGGUGCACCUGUGGAGCUCGGAGUCCCACCAGCCCCUGUGGAGCAGGACCAUCGAGGACCCUGCUCGCUCGGCUGGCUUCCACCCCAGCGGCUCCGUCCUGGCCGUGGGCACAGUGACCGGCAGAUGGCUGCUGCUGGACACGGACACUCAUGACCUGGUGGCCAUCCACACGGAUGGCAGCGAGCAGAUCUCCGUGGUCAGCUUCUCCCCAGACGGGGCGUACCUGGCCGUGGGCUCCCACGACAACUUGGUGUACGUGUACACGGUGGACCAGGGCGGCCGCAAGGUCAGCCGCCUGGGCAAGUGCUCGGGCCAUUCCAGCUUCAUCACCCACCUGGACUGGGCCCAGGACAGCAGCUGCUUUGUCACCAACUCAGGGGACUACGAGAUCUUGUACUGGGACCCCACCACCUGUAAGCAGAUCACUAGCGCGGAAGCCGUGCGGAACGUGCAGUGGGCCUCAGCCACUUGCGUCUUGGGGUUUGAGGUGUUUGGGAUCUGGUCCGAGGGGGUGGAUGGGACGGACAUCAACGCCGUGGCGCGCUCCCACGAUGGCAAGCUGCUGGCCUCAGCUGAUGACUUUGGCAAAGUCCACCUGUUUAGCUACCCCUGCUGUCAGCCUCGGGCCCUCAGCCACAAAUACGGCGGACACAGCAGCCACGUGACGAACGUGGCCUUCUUGUGGGACGACAGUGUGGCCCUGACCACGGGGGGCAAGGACACCAGCGUGCUGCAGUGGCGGGUGGUGUGAGGUCGAGGUCCCAGGGACCCGGGCCAGGGCGGGGGCGGGUGGCGGGACUGGAGUUCUAUUUUCGGGAGAUGUCUAUUGCCGAGUAGAGUAAUAUAUACCCAGAGUAUGUCUAUGAGCAGAGGGGCCUGGGGGUGGAGGGUGAACGGGCACAGGUCUCUAUUUAUCGGGGUGGGAGAGGGGUCACGUUGCUUUCGGUGAGCCAUUGCUGUUCUGUUUGGGGUGUUUUUUAAGUUUAUUCUUUUGUAUCAUCCAGAAAUAAAGACUUGUGCA